AUGUCUUUGGAGGCAAUUCAGUUCGACAGAUCAAAUUGGCGCGAGGUUUCCGUCAAAGUUCUCGAUCAACUGCUACUACCAUAUGUCACGAGCUAUGUGCCCGUGAACACGAUCGGCGACGGAUACGGAGUCAUCCAAAAGAUGCAAGUGAGGGGUGCCCCCGCGAUUGCCAUCGUGGGUGCUUUGUCCGUGCUCAUGGAAGUGCAAUUGCUCAGGAACGACGUGUUUUUGAAGACGCAAACGUUCUACGACAGUGUAGGCCUUGAGACGUUGCGACUCAAUUUAUAUGCCAGGCUUGAGUUUCUGCGUGGUAGCAGGCCCACAGCUGUGAACUUGUCCAAUGCACUGGCCCAUAUCCGCGUAAUUGUCAAAGAUGCGAGCAGCAUGGACGGGCUUCACAGGGCGCUCUUCGAAUUUGUAUGCGCUCUGGUGGACGAGGACUUGGCCAACAACAAGAAAAUGGGAGACAACGGUGCCCGUUAUUUGCUACAAGAGCUUGCGGUCGAGGGGUUUACCGGUGAUUUUGGAGUCUUGACGAUCUGCAAUACAGGCUCGCUCGCGACUUCUGGCUAUGGGACUGCGCUGGGUGUUAUUCGGUCGCUAUGGAACGACGCAACGGCGAAAAUGGCGCAGAGGUCAAGGGGUGGUGUCAAGCGCGCAAAAAACAACGACAACGGCGGCGCUGCCGCUGCAAAGCUCGCACAAGUGUUCCCUCUGGAAACCCGACCUUACAACCAGGGCUCGCGUCUGACGGCGUACGAACUCGUGCACGAUCAAAUACCCGCAACGCUGAUUCCAGACAGUUCCAUUGCGUACCGCAUCGCGACGAGCGAGAUACCAAUUAAGGCCGCGUUCGUGGGCGCGGACCGGAUCGUGCGCAACGGCGACACUGCGAACAAAAUCGGCACUUAUCAGCUCGCGCUACUGUGCAGGCAUUUCGGUAUCAGAUUCUACGUGGUCGCGCCGCGGACAACGGUCGAUACGGUGGCUCGGACGGGCGCAGAAAUUGUUGUCGAAGAGCGCAAACCCGAGGAAUUUCAACAGGUCGCAGGCACUUUAAUCGACACCCUGACGGGCACACCGGUGCUCCAGGACUCGGGGAAGCCCGUGUCCGCACGGGUGGGCGUAGCGCCGCCACAGGUGUCGGUAUGGAACCCUGCGUUCGAUGUCACUCCCCACGAGUACAUCGACGGCAUUAUCACUGAAGCUGGAGUGUUCACAAAAGACGCAGAGGGCAAAUUCGACCUUGCGAGUUUGUUCUGA